UUUAUGUUUUUCAAUACGAAGAACAAUUACCAUUUUUGUUCAACAUAGUUUCUUUUUAAUUUUUUAUAUUUUAAAAGUUUAUUAUUUUAGUGUUUUAUUACUCGUUUUAAGAAAAACCAUCAUGGAAACCUACGAAAGCAUAUUGUUGGUGAAAAACGAAGUGUUCGUUUUCAAAAUACCACCCAGAACCACCAAUAGAGGAUACAGGGCAGCUGAUUGGAAUUUAGCUGAACCAACAUGGACGGGUCGUAUGCGAAUCGUAAGCGUGGGUGAUGCAUGUACUCUUAAACUUGAAGAUCGUAACAAUGGCGAACUAUUUGCUAAAUGUCCUAUUGACCAGUACCCAGGUCUUGCCAUAGAGUCUGUAUCUGACUCGUCUAGAUAUUUUGUUGUACGCAUCCAAGAUGAAAAUGGUCGAGCUGCAUUUAUCGGUCUUGGAUUUGGAGAUCGUUCUGAUAGUUUUGAUUUAAAUGUUGCCUUACAAGAUCAUUUUAAAAGAAUUAAAGUAUGUGAAGAAAUUGCUAAGGAAAAAAAUGAGCCCAAACAAGAAUUAGAUCUGAAAUUCAAAGAAGGUGAAACAAUUAAAAUUAAUAUGAAAAUCACUAAAAAAGAUGGCAGCGAAGGAAUUAAUAAGCAAGCUAAACCUCGACCAAUAUCUACAGGCAGUGGGGGGCUAUUGCCACCUCCUCCAGGUUCAUCUGGUACAAAAACCAUUCCAGCACCGCCUUCCCAAACAUCUUCUCCUUCACAUCAACCUACAAAUUCAAAUAACUGGGGUGAAUUUACUUCAGCAAAUAAUAAUUCUCAAUCCGGCGGAAAUUCUAAUCCUAAUUGGGUGCAAUUUUAAAACUAAUAUUUUUUACCAGUUACUCAAAUAUUGGAUUUUAUUAUUAUUUUAUAACUACAUUUUUUGUUAUAUUAUAAUUUAUUUAUUAUUAUAAUUGUUUAUUUGUUCCAUAAAUAUUCAAACAUUGUUAUACUGAGUUAUAUGUAUUAGAUUAUUUGACCAAACAUUAUAUUUAGCUAAUCUACAUCCUAUUAUGUUUUUACUAAAACU